AUGCCGCCAACUCUUCAUCUCUACCACACACCAGGAUCUUGUUCACUAGCCACUCAUAUUGCGCUCCAAAUCUCCGCUCUCCCCUUUAGCACCACAAACCUCCAUGCUGCUCGUGGUUUCCCCGCUUCCCAUCUUCAUCUGAAUCCCAAAGGCCGCGUCCCCAUCCUCGAGGUAGAUGGCGAGCUAAUCACCGAAACACCCGCCAUCCUCUCCACCAUCGCUGCGCUAGCGCCAGAGAAAGAAUUACUCGGAAAAGGCUUCAUUGCGCAGGCGAGAGCACAAGAAUGGAUGGUAUGGCUUUGCGGGACGUUGCAUGGACAGGCAUUUGGAUGCGUGUUCAGGCCGGGUCGGUUUGUCGGAGAUGAGGCGAUGUACGACGCCGUGCGAGCUAAAGGCCGUAAACACGUUCAAGAGUGUUUUGAAUAUAUCGAGAAGAAGCUAGAGGGUAGGAAUUGGGCGGUCGACGAUGAUUUCACCGUAGUAGACGCAUAUCUCCUCGUCUUCUACCGGUGGGGCAAUAUGCUCAAGAUGGGGAUGAGGGAGACUUAUCCGAGCUACACGAGGGUAGUCGAUGGUGUUAUGGCGCGGAAUGACGUGAAGAAGACAAUUGAGAGUGAGGGUAUCGAUGCCUUGAAUGAGUAA